UUGUUGAGUGUAGUUUCGAGUGUAGCGUUUUCGCAGCAGAUCAGUGAUGAUAUUCUUUUAGUUUAAUUUUGUAAAUUGAUCGUUUCCCAUAGUUGCAAAAGACGAAGAAACGCAUUAUUAUUAUUGUGGAAGUGAAACUUCUCAUAACAAUCUUGCGUUUGACGUUAAAAUGCGUUCAGUUUUAGAGUCGAAACGAAUGGUGAACGAUGGCGAGAAUACGGUGAUAGAUUUUUGGUGUUAAAUUUUGCUCCGUGUCAUCACCGCUUUACUUUUCGUCUGCUUUCCAGAAGCAUAGUAUAGUUUUGAAUAGUCGUUUCAAAUGUUAAUACAGUUAAAUAUUUAAUUAAUUUGGACGAUUAUUGUGAAAAAAUAUAUUGUGAUUGACGACCGGCUGAUAUUACACGAGGCUUGUAUGUAUAUGUGACUUUUGCCUUCUGAAUCGUGACACGCCUCAGAAAAUACACCCAAACUUGUGAUUCAAAUUAAUCCUUUUUGUUAUUGUAGCAUUUUGGUGUUAUAGACGUUUAAAAAUUACGUAACUGUUGUGGAAUCUGGAAGUGUAUAAAGAAUGGCUUGAGUGUGACCACUCCAUUACCGUCAUGUGUGACGAAGGAAUGUUUGUUUAGGCUCUAAGAUUGUGCUACUAUUUUACGAGAAGUGCGCGUUCAUAUCGUGAAUUGGGCCAGAUCAUGAAUCUGCCUGAAUCAAAACAAGCUUCGCAUUGAUCGCACUUGACCCAUUGUCAUUCAGGACACUUUUUAAUUGCCAAAAUGUCUUCGGGAACGUUUGUGGACAGGAUUGAUCCUUUCGCGAAACGGUCGCUGAAGAAAAAGACUAAGAAGUCUCAAGGUUCAUCCCGGUAUCGUAAUACGCAAGAUGUAGAACUCCAAGCACUACCAUUACUGAAGGAUGUCCCCAGCAGUGAACAAGAAGAGUUGUUCAUACGCAAGCUGCGACAAUGCUGUGUUGCUUUCGACUUCAUGGAUCCUGUUGCCGACCUGAAGGGGAAGGAAAUCAAACGUGCCACCCUUAAUGAGCUUGUUGAGUAUAUCACUGGUGGUCGCGGAGUGCUUACUGAGCCUGUCUAUCCAGAGAUUAUUAAAAUGAUCUCGGCCAACUUAUUCCGCACUCUGCCGCCAAGUGAAAAUCCUGAUUUUGAUCCUGAGGAAGAUGAUCCUACUUUGGAGGCUUCGUGGCCGCAUCUUCAAAUAGUCUACGAGUUCUUCUUGCGCUUCCUCGAGUCAACUGAUUUUCAACCCACUAUUGGAAAAAAAGUUAUUGAUCAAAAAUUUGUACUGCAGCUUUUAGAUUUGUUUGAUUCGGAAGAUCCACGAGAGCGCGACUUUUUGAAAACGGUGCUCCAUCGCAUAUAUGGAAAGUUCUUGGGGUUGCGCGCUUUCAUACGAAAACAAAUAAACAACAUAUUCCUUCGAUUUGUUUAUGAAACUGAACAUUUCAAUGGCGUAGGGGAGUUGCUAGAAAUAUUGGGAAGUAUAAUAAACGGCUUCGCUCUGCCUCUGAAGAGUGAGCACAAACAAUUUCUGGUGAAAGUACUGUUACCACUGCACAAGGUGAAGUGCCUCUCCCUGUACCAUGCGCAGCUCGCAUACUGUGUGGUGCAAUUCUUAGAGAAGGAUGCCACACUCACCGAGCCCGUGGUACGCGGUCUUCUCAAGUUUUGGCCCAAAACGUGCUCGCAAAAAGAGGUAAUGUUCCUGGGUGAAAUUGAGGAAAUCUUGGACGUGAUUGAGCCGGCUCAGUUCGCGAAAAUUCAAGAGCCUCUAUUCAGGCAAAUAGCGAAAUGUGUUUCCAGUCCACAUUUUCAGGUGGCAGAGAGGGCGCUCUACUUUUGGAACAACGAAUACAUUAUGUCCUUGAUGGAGGAGAACAACCACGUGAUUAUGCCUAUAAUGUUCCCUGCGUUGUACCGGAUUAGCAAGGAACACUGGAAUCAGACAAUCGUUGCGCUCGUGUACAACGUGUUGAAAACUUUCAUGGAGAUGAAUUCGAAACUUUUCGAUGAACUCACUGCUAGUUAUAAAGCAGAAAGGCAGAAAGAGAAGAAACGCGAGAAGGAGCGUGAUGAGCUGUGGAAGCGUCUGGGCGAGUUGGAGAUCAACCACAAGCGGCAGCAGGCGGCGGGCGGCGUCGCCAAGUGAUGCUCCCCGUCCACUCUCCAUCCCAUCCGCCACCUAGACUAAUAUACGCGCUAUUUUAUUUUCAGUUAUGUAUUCAUAUUUUCUAUUCGAUUACAUCUUUGUUAACGACGUUAUUAAUUUUUUAUACCUCUAAUGAUUCUUGGUUAGCGUAUACGUACCUUGGUCUGUGUUUGUUUGUAGAUUCGGUUCGCUCGCGAGCUCCCGUCAGGCCGCGGCCCGGCCCGGUCUUGUCGGCGUACCUUAACAUUAAAGAUUACUGAUAGUGCUACGAUGUGUCCGCGACCCUUGUGCACCGUUCUCCUCUAUUUAAUAUUAUCAUAUGUUUACGUAACGUACCACCAUUUACUUUAGGGUUUUUAAUAUUGUUAAAUUGUUUAAAUAAGUUAAAGUUGUAUGUAUUAUUGAUGCAUGAUCGAUUGUACUGCAUUACUGAUCACCGAUAAUUGUAUUAAUCGGGCACCCAGCUUCUGGCUGAAUAUAAUUGUACAAAAAAAUAAUAGAGAAAUUGAUGAUGUUAUUUGUUUAGGCUGACGGGCCGAGACGGCACCCCCGGGAUGUACUGUGUCGGCUCGUCCUGUAGAUCGUUGUAUGAACUUUCAUUUCAAAAUUAGAUGCUCGAUUCUAAAAUGUAAUUUCGUCCUACUAUCAUUUUGUAUAGUUACAUAGUGUAAAUAGGCAUUUAUUUAUUAUAAAUUUAUAGCGAUGUGAUUUUUAUACAUAGCUGCGGGAGUGGGACACUACUAAUUGAACGAUCGACCAGAGCGAACUGGAGACUAUUCAUGUAUCGUGCAUACAGUAUCCAACUAAAAUGUUAAUUUGAUAAUAUUGGAGUAGACGAUUCUGUAAAAGUAGUUAUAAUAAUUUGUAAGGGAAUAGUCAUUAAUUUGUAUGAUAUUACUGUAGCCAGACAUUUAAUUUUUAUCCUCACUUUUGUAGAGCGCGGCGGGCGACCGCGCCCGCGCCUCUGUAUAUACCAUACGCGCCGCAACACUGCGUAUGUAUGUACACUGUGCAGAUAUUUGUUAUGUAAAAUGUAUUAACAUUGCAAAAAUUAUAUAUGAUCUUAUAUAUAAAUUACUAUUAUAGAACACAGUAUGGAAAUAAAAAAGUUGACUCACAUGAAUUGAAUUCUUUAAGUACAUGUAAGCCUAGGCGCCCCGCGGCGGUUUGUAGUGAGCGCCGGCCUCGCUCGUCCGACUCUCACCCACUGUCCUCCGGAGCUAACGUUCCCCCUAGUGGUUACUCAGCGCAAACGCCAUUGGAAAUACACAAAAAAUUUUCACAUUA